AAAUGCCAGCGGUUGUGCGAAUUAAGCGACGCAUCGACGAGGAACCCCACACCGCAUUUGUGCUCAAUGGCAAGCGGCGGCGGCUUCACAACGAUGAGAAUUCUCUUGAGGAUUCGGGAGCGGUGGCGGGAGCAUCGGCAUCAGACAAAGACGAAUUGACCACCGUGCUUAAGUUUGCCGGCACGCUGGAAAAUCAGGACGACUGUGCCACUCGUCAAUUUGCUGCUGCCAGGCUGAACAAAACUACGGCCCGUGAGUUGGUGCAACAGCAGCGAUCCAAUGAUGCAGCCAUUGCCAGUGCCCUGCGGCGUGACCGCCAGCGCCAGGAGGCCCAGCAAAAUGCUCGGGAACAGCGUUUCCGGGUGGUAAACUGUCUGCGAAGCACCCUCGAGGACAAUGCCACAGAGGCGGAAAGUUCGGAGAACCAAAAUCAGGAGGCCAGGAGUCACAUAACCAUUGUGGACAUUGAGUCACAACAGCAGCAACAGCAAUCGGGAGCACAGAACCCCGAUAAUCAGGAUCCCCAGCAGCUUAUAGAGCCCAACCAUGAUCAGCAACAACCCGCCGACUCCGAUGUGGGUUAUGUUUACGAUCUUUAUGUUCCUGAGAAUGAGAUGCAGGCCGCCUACGUCGAUAUGAUGGACGACAACUAUCUAAGAGUGAUUCCUGUGGGUGAGAUUGUGCUAGAGGAUUGCUACAAUGAUCAGGACGAGGACUACGAUUCGGAGGACUCGAAUCAGGAAAACUACUUUACGAACGACUAUCCCGAUGAUGAGGAAGCGGAGGGCAUGGGAUCUGAUGACGAGCUGGCGCGGCAAAUGAACAAGUUUAUGCUCGAUGAUGAUGAGGAUGAUUAUCCCAGCACCAGCGACGAUGAAGAUUAUGCCAAGUACCACGAUCCUUACGUCCAUACGAUUGACACCGAACAAGACUCGUUUGUGGAUGAUGUUGACUUUUAUAAUGUUGAUCGAGAACGGGGCAGCGCCUAUGAACGCUAUAAGCGAAGAGUUCUUAAAGAAUUGGAGGAGGGUCACGAAGACGAUGAUGAGGAUUCGUUUGCCAGUGCUGAUGAAGAAUGAAAGCUG